CGAUUUUUUUCUUGAAAAAAAAAAAAAAAAACAAUGUCGAGUUUUAACAGAGAUGUACUUGUGCUUAUACUUGAAGAAUUAAAAAGUGAUAAAAAUUCACUUUUUUCAUGCCUUUUAGUUAACAGAACUUGGUGUUUAAUAGCAGUGAGAAUAUUAUGGAGAAAUCCUUGGCAAUAUUUUACAACCAUUAAUUCUAAGAUUAUCAUGUUAUUUAAUGUAUUAUUUUUACAUUUAUCAAAAGAAUCAAGAGAUAUUUUGAAGGGUCAGGGAAUUGAUAAUCAUAUUACAGAAUCACAUGAAUGCCCCUUAUUUGAUUAUAUUAAUUUUAUAAAAUAUUUAGACUUCUUUUUUAUAAGAUGUAUGAUACCACGAAAGACUAAAAAAACAAAAAUAUCUAUUGUAAAAUCUGAGAUAUUUAAAUUAUUUAUUAAUAAUAAUACAAAAUUUAUUCAUCUUUCUAUUCCACAAAAUUUUUAUAAUCAAAUACAUCUUAUUCCAGGAGCUGAACAUUGCUUUUCAGAACUUGAAUCCUUUCAUUGUAAUAUGGAUAUAUCUCAAAAUAUUUUAGAGUGGUUGGUUAGAUGCAAAUCAAUUAAAAAAGUAAUAAUUGAGAAUAUGUUCUUCAAUUAUAGUGUUAAAUGUUUAGAAAUCAUUAAAUUAAUUGAAGCACAAGAAAGCCUAAAUGACGUUAAAUUCAUCAAUUUAUCAGAAAGUUAUGAAUCAUUUGAUAAGUCUCUUGAAAAAUCUUUAAUUAAGCAUGCAACUACUAUCCAAUAUUUGAGGUUUGACUGGACACCUAUUACAAAAUUUCUUUUACAUUUUGUAAAUUUGUCAUGUUUAGAAAUUUUUCUACCUGGGUAUAGCGUAUGGAAGGAUUUAAAUUAUUUUGAAAAUAUCUCAUUGCCUAAUUUAAAGAUUUUAAGAACAAGCAGAGUUCGACCUAUAAUUUUGACAAAUUUAAUUGAAAAUAUAAAAGGAAAUCUUACUGAAAUUAGUGUACUUUAUGAUUAUCAUGGUGAUGAUAGUAAAAUGUUUAUUCAAGCAAUUUAUCGAAAGUGUCCAAAUCUAAGAUAUCUUAGACUAUCAUUGCUAUUGUUUCGUAAUAUUGAGUUAUUAAUCUCAGAAUAUGAAAGUUUAUUAAGUAAUAGUCGAUAUUUAAAUGGAUUAAUUAUUGACAUAUAUACUGGAUAUAAUACUGAAUUUAAAUGGAAUGAAUUUUUUAUGAUAUUAGCUAAAUCAUCACCAAUUAGUUUGUUUAAAUUUAAAUUUUCUUCUAAUAAAUUAAUUCAAUUAAAGGAUAUAAAAUUAUUUUUUGAUAAUUGGGAAAAUAGGAAUUCUAUAAUUCUAGAAAUAAGUAACAAAGAUUAUAAUGUUAAUAUUAAAGCGAAGCAACAAUUAGAAGAUCUAAUCAAAAAAUAUAAAGUAAAAGGAAUAGUUGAUAGAUAUUCCAUUGGUUUUAACACAGUAUAUCAUGAAAAUGAGUUUGAAUGGAAUUAAAAAAAAAUCCUUAUAUAUACAAUUAUGCAUAAAUUAGUACAAAAAAAAAAACGAUUUUAUAUUAUUGUUUUAUAUACGCAUAUAAAUAUCUUCAUACUAUCUUUAUUUUAAAAUUUUUAUCGAAAUUAUUAUAUUUUCCAUGAAAAAAACAUUAAAGUGUAUCACAAUUAUUAAUAUCGUUAAAUAUGAUCCUGUAAAAAUGUUAAUCUGUGUUUUAUAUUUUAAUUGAUGAAUAUAAAAAAUUUUAAAAAUAAUGCCCGCAAAACUUGUAACCUUUUACUAUGUUCACGACUCUACCGGGCGUCUACAAGAACCGAUGAUGUUGAUGUCAUCAAAUAAAUCAAGAAUUUAGUAUCAGACACGUAUUAAACUAUUCGUAAAACUAUCGAUAACAUGUCGUAACAUAAAAAAUAGGUGGUAAACAAGUGUUAUAUAUAUAUGUCAUUAAAAAAAAAAAUAAAUACUAUUUGACGAUAAA